UGCAACACUACCUCUAAAGCGUGCAUCUUGUCUGGCAAGCGAUGGAAGUCGAAGAUGAGGAAGAUCCCAUUGUUGAGGAGAUCCCAGUGUUCCUGUCAAAGAAUCUACAGGGCAACCUCUAUCUCUUCCAAUAUCCAACCAAAACGGAAUUGCCAAAUCAUGACGACGCUGUGGUCGUCAAUUGCUGUGUGAAACCCUUCACCCAGGAGGUGAAGGUUGACUUUGGCUUGAACAUAGAAUCCAAGCACUAUGACAGCUUCAAGGCUGAGCAAUUCGCCGUGGCCGCCGAUGGCAAGCAUACAUACGGAACUGGACCGGCAAAGGCGAACGAGAGGCCGACAUAUAAACGUGGCAUAAUGGACAAACAGGCAUUUACCAGCACUCGCUCCCUGACAGACAUUUCGAAAUACAUUGUGGGCAUAUAUGCGGACAAGGAGGUCCAUUUGUCGCCACUGGCAUCGAUUGUCCAGCUGCGACCUGCCCUAAAUCAUUUUGACAAGGAUGACAAACGUCGAAAGGCCGAGCAAAAGGCUCAGUCUGACGAUGUCGAUGAGGAGGAGGUGCUACAACAAGUGACUGUCAAGUUUGCACGUGGACCGGGAGCGGCAGCUGCCAAGAAGACCAAGGAGCAACGCGGCGGCACCUACAACAGUUUCGUGCAACGAAUUAUGGACGAACCAUGGUGCGAAGCAUUUUGGCAUGCCCGGAAUUCAUCGACUGCGGAAAUAGAACGGCACAAAUUGUAUGCAACCAAUCAUCAGGCCAAUCCAUCGUUGGCCCUGAAUGCCAAUGAUUACCUGAGGAAACUCUUGCCCCAUGAUGAGCAGGUGCAGCAAGUGAACACGAUGAUGAUGGCCCAUCCAGUAUAUAAUAAGGCAAUGCUUAAGACGAUGCCAUUGCUAGAGCAAUUGCGUGUCCUGCUCAAAGAUGCUCGCAUGUUAUCGUUCAGUGAUUUGAUGAAGGUUCUUAGUGAUCAUGUCGAUCCCCAGGUGACAGCCGAUAAAGUGCUAGCCCUGUUGCCGCAAGUGGGCAUAUUGCUUCAUGGCAAUUGGGUACCCAGAUCGGAAGUGGUCUAUCCUGAGAAAAUGCUCUCACAUGCCAAUGGUGCGACUGCCGAGCAAAUGAUACGAGCACGAGAUUAUAUACUCUUUCGAUUCUCUCGGACUGCUUGCCUAUAUCGUACUCAGGUAAUGGCCGCCGUUCAGCUGCCUUCAGCGGAAACAUUGGAUGUACUUCGCACUGUGGCCCGUGUGAAUGCCACAAAACGCUGGGAGCUACUUGUACCACCCGAUAAGGAGUUCGAGCAGAAACAUCCAGAUCUAGUGCAGCGCCAGGAAUUGCAUUGGCGAGCCUCUGAGCAGCUCUACAAUGAAAUGGACUGGGCCAAAGAGACAAAACGGGUACGCAAACGUUCCACACGCAAAAGUGAAUCCCAAUCUACAACAAUGCCGCCGCCUGCACUCAACCCCAACUCCUUAGCGGAUGCCUAGCACUUAGUUAGAAUAUAUACACAUACAUAUAUAUAUAUAUAUAUAUAUAUAAUUAAAUAAAGAUCCAAAUGAUUUAUUUUGUAA